GCUUAUAUAAUGUUCCACACCGUCGGUACAUUUCGUAUCGCAGACAUACGAAGACAGAUCUUAGACCAACCGACCUUGAACUGGCUCGAAGCAGGUUUUUUGAUAAAUUUGGAGCUCUGCUCUCUCUCGAAUAGAUUUAGCUAAUUAUGGGGUUCCUAUCGUCUUGGAUCAGCGAAGAACUAAGGCCUGCUUACGAGAAGAUGCCAUUUGGGUACAAGCUCUGCUUGCUGUAUGUGAACCUUUCCGAUAGGCACCUGAAAUGGUACAAAGUACCCGUGUUCCUGGGCCUCGUGUACCUCGAAUUGCGAAGGCUGCUACAUCAAAAGUAUAACCUUAUCGCCGUAGGUCCUCCUGAUGAAGACAGUGGAGACCAGUACUCCUUCUUCGGCCGAAAUAUGGACCAACAAUCUCAACAAGAUGAACUACUCCUUCCUCAUCCUUCUGUGAUUGCCACAAAGCUUCUGAACCGAACCACAUUCGUCGGCACGGGUAAACAAUUCAACAUGCUAGCGACAUCGUGGAUAAACUACAUGAUCAAAGACUGGCUCGAUCACAUGGAAGACGACUCCCAUCAGCUGCUUGGCAUCACCGCUCCUGACUCUGUGGCGGCGGAAUGCCCCUUGAAGACUUUCAAGUUCUAUCCCACAAGGGAGUUUCCCAUUGGAGAAGGGCGAGUUGGUUUCAAAAACACACGAACCGCUUGGUGGGAUGCGAGUGCUAUUUACGGGCAGAACACUGAAUCCCAAAGAUCGGUAAGGACAUUCAACGAUGGGAAGCUGAAGCUUGGAGACGGAGGACUUCUUGAAGUCGAUAGCCGCAAUAUUCCCAUCACUGGCGAUGCGAGAAAUCCGUGGAUGGGAGUCUCUGUCUUACAGUCCCUCUUUGUCUCCGAACACAACCUCGUCUGCGAUACCCUCAAGAAUGCUUAUCCGAAUCUCGACGAUGAAUCUCUUUUCCAACAUGGGAGGCUUGUGGUUAUGGCUGAAGCUGCAAAGAUCCAUACCAUCGACUGGACCACCCAGCUGCUAAAAACGAACACUUUACUUGCAGCCAUGAGAGCUAAUUGGUAUGGGCUGCUGGGGAAGUGGAUCAAGGACCAUAUAGGGAAGACAAGCAUUGCUCUUUUGAGUGGAAUAGCUGGAGCCCCAAAACCCAUAGACCAUGGCGUCCCAUACUCGUUGACGGAGGAAUUCACAUCGGUCUACCGGAUGCAUCCUCUUUUGCCGGAGAAGAUCGAGUUCAGGGACAUUCAGAAAUGUUUGCCUAAGGAUAGCGAACCCUCCAUACUGGAAGAAGUUCCAAUGUUAGAGCUGAUCGGUGCACCAGGGCUUCAGAAGGCCAAGUUGUUGGGAAUGAAGACCGCACUGACAUCCUUGGGCCUCCAACCAUCCGGAGCACUGAAUCUGUUCAACUAUCCCACAUGGAUGCGAAAUCUUCCUGUCACCAACGAUGACGGCACUUACCGUAAAGAGCACGUGGACUUACCGGCAAUUGAAACAUUCAGAGAUCGCUCUCGGCGAGUGGCUCGUUAUAACCAAUUCCGGAGAAGUAUGUUAAUGCCUGCCAUCAAGAAAUGGGAGGAUUUGACUGACGAAGCUGCCACCAUCGAAGUCAUCAAGGAGGUUUACGGUGAUGACGUGGAAAAGCUGGAUCUCUUGGUGGGGCUUCUAGGAGAGAAGAAGAUUCCUGGCUUCGCAAUCAGUGAGACAGCGUUCUUCAUCUUCGUACUCAUGGCCACGAGGAGACUGGAAUCGGAUGCGCGGUUUACCUCUAGAUUCAACGAGGAAAAUUACACGAAGAUAGGACUGCAGUGGGUCAACAAAACAGAAGGCUUGAAAGAUGUGGUUCAACGCCAUUAUCCCGACAUUGUCACAAACUGGAUGACUGCUAGUUCUGCAUUCUCGAUUUGGAGCGCUCCCGCCGACAAAUGGAACCCCGUACCUCUCUACCUUCGUCUACCUUGAGGAUUUGGCUCCACAAUCUCCGUAUCACAAGCCACUCCUUCUGGAAAAUCUGAAGUUUUACAGGUAUUUACAGGUAUUUAGUUGAUAACCUGCUUACAUACUUUUUGUACAGAGCAAGUUCCAGCGUGUGAGGACAAAGUCUCAGUCGUCGUGCUUCGAGGCUGUCGUGAGCACGUUUCAGCCUAAUUUCUAAACUCUCGCUGUACAUGUCUAACUUCUGUGAAUAUUUAGAGAGGUUGAAAAAUUUUACUCCGAUUAUGUUAAAGAGUCAGAGCGUAGAAGAAAAGCCAUUCAUUCUUCGCAUGUUUGUUCAUACACUCCGGA